GUACGCAUGACGCCUGUACUAUAGAGAUCCUAACCUGGAGCCAAACCUCCCACAUGUUUGACGGUUUGUUAUAGGUUUGUAGUUUGUAGAAUCUCCAUGGCACGUGCGGACAGUUGUUAAAUUUUCAAUCUAGAACAGAAAAAUCAUGGACAAGGUUGAUGAACCGAUGGCUGAAGAUGAAAUACGGGAGGAAGAUGAAGAUGAUGAAGAUGACGAAGAAGACAUGGAAGAUGAGGAAAGUGAUGAAAAAGAGGAACAGGGUAAAAUUUACUUACCAGGUCAACCGCUAGAGAAAGGAGAAGAAUUGGUCGCAGAUCGUUCAGCUUAUAGACUGUUGCACCAAGCACAAACAGGAGCUCCAUGUCUGAGCUUUGAUAUCAUCAGAGAUGAUGCUGGAAAUUCACGUGAAGCAUAUCCCAUGUCAAUGUAUAUUCUCGCUGGUACGCAAGCUGCAAGAACCCAUAUGAAUAACUUACUUGUGAUGAAAAUGUCCAACUUACAUGCCACAACUCGAAGCAGUGAAGACUCCGAUGCUGAAGACUCUGAUUCUGACGACGAGGAUGAUGAAGCUCGAGCACCUGUUAUGACAGUGGCUUCAAUAAAACAUCAAGGCUGUGUGAAUAGAGUUAGGUGUACGCAUGUUGGGAACAAGGUUUUGGCUGCAAGUUGGAGCGAAUUGGGACGAGUUUCUCUUUGGGAUUUAAAUGAACAAUUAAGAGCCAUCGAUGACCCACUGUUACUGAGUAAUUAUCGCAAACGAACCGAACAAGGGGAUAAUGGAGCAAAGCCAAUAUUCACCUUCAAGGGUCAUCUCCAGGAGGGAUAUGGUUUGGAUUGGUGCCCUACCGAAGAAGGAUCUCUUGCUUCAGGAGAUUUUAAAGGCAAUAUUCACAUUUGGCACUUAAGCGGUAGCAGUGGAGGACAAGACUGGUAUGUGGAUCAAAGGCCUUAUAACUCUCAUGCACCGCACAGUGUUGAAGACUUGCAAUGGUCCCCAAAUGAAAGACAUGUCUUGGCAUCCUGCUCCGUCGAUAAAAGUAUUAAGAUUUGGGAUACUAGAGCAAGUCCUCAAGCGGCAUGCAUGUUAACAGCAACAGAAGCACAUGGGGCUGACGUAAAUGUUAUCUCUUGGAAUCGAAAAGAAUCACGUUUUCUUGUUUCUGGUGGUGAUGAUGGAAUUUUACAUAUCUGGGAUCUGCGGCAAUUCCGUCCUACUGGUACCAAACCAGUUGCAACGUUUAAACAGCAUACAUCACCAAUAACCAGUGUUGAAUGGAACCCUGACGAAGCGACUGUUUUUGCAUCUGCUGGUGCUGAUGAUCAAAUCGCACAGUGGGAUCUUUCAGUGGAAGCUGAUAACAUGGAGGAAACAGACAUUCAGUUGGCAGGAUUACCACCUCAGUUACUGUUCAUCCAUCAAGGGCAGACAGAUGUAAAAGAAUUACAUUGGCAUCCGCAAUGCCCAGGAAUUCUUAUAUCUACUGCUCAUUCUGGAUUCAAUGUAUUUCGUACAAUCAGCGUAUGAAAUGCAUUUUAUUGAAAUAAAUUACCAUAAAAAACUAAA